GAAGGGCGCGCACGCGCAGACGUCAGCUGUGCUCGGCGAUACUUGGCGAGGCGCCUGUCACAUGAGCCGCGCGCCCGCUCAGCUCCCCCUCCUCUCGUCAGGGCUGUGAAUGAAGCUCUGCCGGCUACGUGGGGCGCUAGCUCAACUUGGACGCCAGAACCGACUUGAGCUCUCGGCCUGUCCCCGGCGGACACGGGCUCCGCCGCUCCUGACCUCGGCGACAGAGCAAAUCAGUUUCCUGGACUGCCAAGUGAAAUUGUGCGCGUGCCCGUGUGAUAACGUCAGUGUAAGCUACUUCGAAUAAGAGGGAAAUCUAGAAGUGUGGAGCAUAAAAAGACAGUUUAGGACUUGAGCAUCUGGCAAGAAAGUAAGACCACACAGCUGCUGUUAUAUCUACAUCCCAUUCAAGCCUCCCUACAAAACUGGGGGGCUCUGGGAAACUCUGAGCCUGUGACUCUAACGAGGGAGAGGAUAGGAAAAACAUGGCCACGUGGCAGGAUAUUUGAGUGUCUACUAGAUGCCAGGUACUAUGUCAGUCACAGGACAUAGUAGAGAUCAAAACAAACAAGGUUGCUACCCUUACAUUCAGGCGGGAGACUGAUGAACACACUAUGACACAUGGAUGCUGUGCACUAAUAGGCCGCUGUUCAGAAGAAUGAAUUGGGAGCCAUGGACAACAGAGGCUUUCAGCAGGGGAGUUUCAAUAGCUUUCAGAAUAGCUCCAGUGAUGAAGACUUGAUGGACAUACCAGGGACAGCUAUGGAUUUCUCCAUGAGUGAUGAUGUUCCUCCGUUAGAUGGAGAAAUAGAAGAGGACAAGUCAUACAAUGGUGGAGGAAUAGGUUCUUCAAAUAGAAUGAUGGACUUCUUGGAGGAGCCAAUCCCUGGUGUGGGGACCUAUGAUGAUUUCAAUACCAUUGAUUGGGUGAGAGAGAAAUCUCGAGAUCGGGAUAGGCAUCGAGAGAUUACCAAUAAAAGCAAAGAGUCAACAUGGGCCUUAAUUCACAGUGUGAGUGAUGCUUUUUCUGGCUGGUUGUUGAUGCUACUUAUUGGGCUUUUAUCAGGUUCCCUAGCUGGCUUGAUAGACAUCUCUGCUCAUUGGAUGACUGACUUAAAAGAAGGUAUAUGCACAAGGGGAUUGUGGUUUAACCAUGAACAUUGUUGCUGGAACUCCGAGCAUGUCACCUUUGAAAACAAAGACAAAUGCCCAGAGUGGAAUAGCUGGUCCCAGCUUCUCAUCAACACAGAUGAGGGAGCCUUUGCCUACAUAGUCAAUUAUUUCAUGUACGUCCUCUGGGCUCUCCUGUUUGCCUUCCUUGCUGUAUCUCUUGUCAGAGUGUUCGCACCUUACGCCUGUGGCUCUGGAAUCCCUGAGAUAAAAACUAUCUUGAGUGGUUUCAUUAUCAGGGGCUAUUUGGGUAAGUGGACCCUAAUUAUCAAAACCAUUACAUUGGUGCUGGCAGUGUCAUCUGGCUUGAGUCUGGGCAAAGAGGGCCCUCUAGUACAUGUGGCUUGCUGCUGUGGGAACAUCCUGUGCCAUUGCUUCAACAAAUACAGGAAGAAUGAAGCCAAGCGCAGAGAGGUCUUGUCGGCUGCAGCAGCAGCUGGUGUAUCCGUCGCCUUUGGGGCACCUAUUGGCGGAGUAUUAUUCAGCCUAGAAGAGGUCAGCUACUAUUUUCCCCUCAAAACUUUGUGGCGUUCAUUUUUUGCUGCCUUGGUGGCAGCAUUUACUCUACGUUCCAUCAAUCCUUUUGGGAACAGCCGCCUGGUUCUAUUUUACGUUGAGUUUCACACUCCAUGGCAUCUCUUUGAGCUUGUGCCAUUCAUUCUGCUGGGCAUAUUUGGUGGCCUGUGGGGAGCGUUGUUUAUCCGCACAAACAUUGCCUGGUGUCGGAAGCGUAAGACCACCCAGUUGGGCAAGUAUCCUGUCAUUGAAGUACUCAUCGUGACAGCCAUCACUGCCAUCCUGGCUUUCCCCAAUGAAUACACCCGAAUGAGCACAAGUGAGCUCAUUUCUGAGCUGUUUAAUGACUGUGGCCUUCUAGACUCUUCCAAACUCUGUGAUUAUGAAAACCGUUUCAACACAAGCAAAGGGGAUGAACUGCCCGACAGGCCAGCUGGUGUGGGAGUCUACAGUGCCAUGUGGCAGCUGGCCUUGACACUUGUAAUGAAAAUUGUCAUUACUAUAUUUACCUUUGGCAUGAAGAUCCCUUCUGGCCUCUUUAUCCCUAGCAUGGCUGUUGGUGCUAUAGCGGGUCGACUUUUAGGAGUAGGAAUGGAACAGCUGGCUUAUUACCACCAUGACUGGGCCAUCUUCAAUAGCUGGUGUAGCCAAGGAGCUGAUUGCAUCACCCCUGGCCUUUAUGCGAUGGUUGGGGCUGCAGCCUGCUUAGGUGGGGUGACUCGGAUGACUGUUUCUCUUGUUGUCAUAAUGUUUGAACUAACUGGUGGCUUGGAAUACAUUGUACCUCUGAUGGCUGCAGCAAUGACUAGCAAGUGGGUGGCAGAUGCUCUGGGGCGGGAGGGCAUCUAUGAUGCCCACAUCCGUCUCAAUGGAUACCCCUUUCUUGAAGCCAAAGAAGAGUUUGCUCAUAAGACCCUGGCAAUGGAUGUGAUGAAACCCCGGAGAAAUGAUCCUUUGUUGACUGUCCUUACUCAGGACAGUAUGACUGUAGAAGAUGUAGAGACCGUAAUCAGUGAAACCACUUAUAGUGGCUUCCCAGUAGUGGUGUCCCGGGAGUCCCAAAGACUUGUGGGUUUUGUCCUCCGAAGAGAUCUCAUUAUUUCAAUAGAAAAUGCUCGAAAAAAACAAGAUGGAGUCGUGAGCACAUCCGUCAUUUAUUUUACUGAGCAUUCUCCUCCAAUGCCACCAUACACUCCACCCACCCUAAAGCUUCGGAACAUCUUGGAUCUCAGCCCCUUCACUGUGACUGACCUUACCCCCAUGGAGAUUGUCGUGGAUAUCUUCCGCAAGCUGGGACUGCGGCAGUGCCUGGUGACACACAAUGGGCGAUUGCUUGGAAUUAUUACCAAGAAGGAUGUGUUAAAACAUAUAGCACAGAUGGCAAACCAAGAUCCUGAUUCCAUUCUCUUCAACUAGAAUCACAGGGUUGUGCUGGAUACAAAACAGCAAGGACAUUGCAGACUGCGGGUAUAUUUUAUUAACUGGGUACUCAAAACACAUUUCCCAUAUUUGGAUGGUGAAGUUAUAUUAGUGUGUUGUCUCUUUCCUAUAAGUUAACCAGUUGCACUACAUAAUAAUCUCUGGAAAUUAAUCUUCUGUUUAGGAGAAAAUGCAGUUAGGCUUCUGUGAUAUUGUAUUAGAAAGAUUUCAUGAAAGAGUAAGCAAGAUUGUUAUGGUUUAAUUCUUUUUUAAAAGAUUUUUUUAUUUAAAAUAUAAUUGUUAGCCAAUAUGCAAUCACUGAAAACUAUGCAAGAAAAAUUCCAACCGUCCUGAUUGAUAGCCUGCAGGAAACUCAUGAAAGUCACUUUUUUUGGACUCUUAACUGUCAUUGGUGGAAGAUGAAGUGUAAACUAAGGAGCUUUGCUUUUCCAACCACAGAAAAGAAAGCCAGAAGGAAAAUAGUAAUGGCAUUUUCCAGACUGUGAAAAUUCAGUUCAAAUGUUAUCUUGUUCCUGUUACAAUAUUUAGCAUUAUUAGUUUGUGUGUAUGUAUAUGUUAAUUUUAAUACCUGAUUAUAAGACAAUGCUGCUUUUGGUUAAACUCCUCUAAACAAAUUUAGAGAGGUUGAUUUUAUAGCUUGCUUGUUCCUGGUACUCUUUUGAAGUGCACAAAGAUAAGUUACAGAGCUUUCUCCUUGUCUGCAGGAAGGAUAGUUUUCCAGAUGGUAUUUGUUAGCUAGUAGACAAGGACUCUGCCAUGAAUUUGUUAAGGAAUAAUUUCUCCAGCUUCCUCGAAAUGAAUGAUUAGUGAAGUUCUAAGCAAAGUCAAUGACUAGGAAUUUCACAUUUUGUGAGGUCCCAGCUAAUCGUCUUACCCAGAUGCCAUCUCCAUGAGUGAUGGUGCUUUAGGCUUCUGGAAUAUGUAAGAAUAGUAAAGGGAACCAAGUCUAGACUGCAUACUGGUAAACCAGGGAAGAUUCCGAGCUGUAUCUGCAUUCUCAUGCAUUCCUUUGUAAAGACCACCAGUACUAAAAUAACUGGACACUCAUGCCUCCUGCCAGUGAUAAGUACGUAAAACAGGCCAGUGUUGUCCUGUGAACAUGAAUUUAGGCUCAGGUUACUUUCAGUAAUAUUCAACAUUGGAACAGGAUAGGCAGCUGUGACUGACUCCCUUGUGGUUCCUUAGAGUUCUAAAUAAAAUGCCGAACCAUCCUCAGACCCAGGGGUGUGGACAAGGCCUGGUGACACCAAAGGUGCUUGUAUCCAGUUGAAAAGGUGCCUGCCUCAAUUUCCUACCACAUUAACUGCAGUGGAAAACAUCACAGUCUAGGGACACCUGGUGAAAUUACAGAGCCACUACCAUCAUUCCAACCACUGUUUCAUUUUCUAGUUUUAUCCAUGUGUAGUUGUUCCCUCUCCAUUCUUUGCUCCUUUCCACUCUUCAGUCUCGAGUCCUCUCUUUCGGAUUGAGCACUCUGCCUUGUUAAUCAUUCCUAUUACAAAAAAUAACUCCCAGGGCUAGUUAAAUUAUAAACCAAGCCCCAGUAAUCCUAUGGCAUGUGGACCAGAGGUAACACACAGCCAUUUGCUUUGCUCUGUAGCCCAGUUGCUGCUGCUAUGCCUCAGUUUCCACACUCAUGCCCACAGCAGUGAGGCAACUGCCAGGGGUGAGAGUUCAGCCUUUCUCAUUUACAAGUCUGUUCCCAGCACUUCCCUCCAUCUUUCUGGCCUAGAAUCAGCAGUCACUCAGCAUAUCCUCCCUAACCCUCCACCUCCCCUCCCUAAACACCUCAGUGUAUGUUAUUUUAAAAGUUGCUGAUUCUGGAUUCUAGGAUUUUUUACCCCUAGUUUUUAUCUUUCCAAAAUCUGAAAUUCUUUUGUUGCCCACAGCUGGGCUUAUUUUGACUUUUAUCUUUAAAAUACCAAGGCAGUCACCAGAGUUUCUCCUUUUAAGUAUAUCAUUCUAGCAUUUUAAUGAAAGAGAAAAAAAAUCUAUGUUAUUUUAUAUGAUAGCCAUGACUCAGUUACUUUACAUCUUUUGUCCCUUCCAUGCCACUGAUUCCCUCACAUGAGAUGUGGCUAUUUUGCCUGACCACCCCUGUAUAUUAUGUAGAAAUCAAAGUUCUCAUCUGUAUAUUUCUGGUUCACUACCUAUAUUUUCUUAUUAGCCAUCCAACUAAAAUUUGCAAAACAGGAAAUGUUAGUAUUUCUGGUAUUUGAUGACAGUGAAAGAUUUGGUUGCAUUUCAUAAUGCAGCAGCAAUAUGGAGGGUGUCUAAGUUUGCCUUUGUGUUUCUUCUAGGCUCCGUUUUUUAUUUUAGACAGAUGAGCCAGUGUUAAGGUGCUACUUCAGAGAAUAAAUUCAAGAAAUCAGAUAACACUGUGCCAAGGUAUACUUUCUAAAUGUUAAGCACCAAUUGAUCCUCCAGAGAAUAAUAUCCCUUUGAUACCUCAGUCCUGAUAAAUCUCAUUUAUUAACCUCAGCUUCUCAGGAAUUCUUUAACCCAUAUGCUAGAAGUAACUGUAGUGUAUGGCAUCCAUUAUAUGUCUAAUACAAUGGUUUGGCUCAGAGCUUGGCUAAUUGUGGCUAGAGUUCCCUGCUAGACUGCUAGCUCAGGACCUUAACACUCAGUUUCUUGUCUUGAGGCAAAGGAAAAUGUUCUUUCUGACACUGCCAAUUCAGCAGUUGGACAUACUUAACCAACAAAUGAGGCCAAUGUAAAAAAUGUUUGUCAGUAGCCUCAAAUGGCCACAUACCUCAAUGGAAAAAGACUAAAUAAUGUGUGCUUCAAAAAUGAAUAUGAAUUGAGACUGGUUUAUUUUGGUAUUAAAAAAAGAAAAUUCCCUUGUGCCUGACACAAGAGAAGGAUUUACAAAAGAAUGCCAAUAAGUACUUCGAGAGAGGAUUUUCCAAGAAAAAAAAUCUGGUAGACAUCCAGCCAUGAAAAGAGUGAGAGUCUAUAGAUUUGUAGAAGGUAUGCUAUAUUUUGGAGGUCUCCAAAUCUUCAAUGUAAUGAAUUAAAGAAGCUGAAGCAAUUAAUGGAUGAUUAGUUAUACUAUUAAAGGGAAGAAGCAGGGGACUGAAAAUGCAAAAUAAUGGCCAUUUUCAAGAUCAUUUGUAUUUAGAUGUUUGUUCAGAUGUUCUCCUCUUUUCUGGCUCCGGAUUCCUUCUGGCUCAGCCCAGCUAUGGAACAGAGGUGGUAUAGUCCACAGAACAGAUAUCCUCUGGUGGAUAAUCUGACAUUGAUGAUACUUUGGAUUUGCCAGCUGGCAGAGCAAACGAUUAACUUGCUGAUUUGAACUGCAAAGCAGUUCAAUUGUUUUGGCACCAGAGGCUGAAUCUGAACCGUUUAUAGGUAGAGCAGAGCACAAUAUAAAUUUUUCUAGCUGGCCUUCAAUUAUAUUUGGAAAUGAGAAUGAUAAAAUAGUAGCGACAGUGUGGUCUAAGGCUGUGAAGUAAUUCUCAAUCAUGUUAUGGACCUGUUCAGGAGUAGGGGGAGCAAAUAUGUUUUUAAAAACUUAGCAUGCAGUAGAGACCAUCAUAGAAUGUAAUCGUUGCUGUAUGUUUUAAGUAUUUAAAUCACCUAUCCUGGUUGGGUCUUGAUCUUGGUUUGUUUUGUUAUGCUAUGAAAAGAAAGGUAUACUUGUUACCCCACAGUAUCUUUGGUUUUGGGGUUUUUUAAAAAACAAAUCACAAGGAGUGCAGUUUUUAAAGUUGGUUUUUAACAAUGGUAGUGAAGACGGUAUUGAGCAUUUGAAACAGCCAGUGUGCUUUAUAUUGGCCAAGUACUUGCUGACGACUGACCACAUUGUACUGAGAAAAAUCAGUUUACCUACACUGGAUCAGAGCCAAGUACAGACCAUCCAUCAGUUCAGAGAAAGCAGGAGAGCAUCUUUCAUGGCAGUGCAUAGAGUAUUGAGCUCUUGAAAACCCUGAAAAAAUUAGGAAUUUAGAAAAUAAAUGGGAGGUAGAAUAUUGAUUCCUUUAAAAAAAUAGAUGUCUAUAUAUGUGCUCUGAAUUUAAGUAUCCUAAAAUCUUAAUUUUUUUAAAAGCACCUCUGGGAUUGCCUAGAUUCCCUUUGGACAGGGAUUGGAGAGUUGUGGCAGUGGAAAAGCCCUAGUAAGAAAAUAUAUGAGUUCAUGUAAGAUGGUGGAAGGAAGGCCAGCCAUACAUCCUAGCAUUUAUAAACUUCUUGAUUAUGUGCCUCAAGGGAAGAAAAAGUCAAAUAGUUUCCCAAAUACUAGGCUUUCCAAGUAAAAACAUUUGGCUGGAGUGAGUCUGCUUUUAUGGAGAGGGCUGACCCAAGACAAGACAUCAACACAUGAAGGAGGGCAGCCACUACUGCAUUAACUAAAUGAUAAGCUUUAGGUAGAUUGUCUUGAAUUUUGAUAGCAAAAUGUUUUUAAAUCUGUAUGUUUUGCUUUCCCAGUAUGUACUUACUGUAUAUUAGAAAGAAAAAACAUGAGGGUUUCUCAGAUCAGAGCUCAAGGAACUGUGUAAAUUUGAAAUGAAAUCAGUGUAGUGGACCUGUGGUGACCACUCGACUUUGUUCUGCCUCAAUUUUGGUUGUUUGCUCCAAGAAGAGAAGUUCUUGGAAUAGUAGGUGUUAGCAACUUCAAGCUAUUCCCCAAAUAUUUGCUGGUCACAGUCCCAUUUCUAAACAUCUGGAUCUAGGAAAAGUUUUGAAGUGAUGUAGGGAACAAAAUUGUUUUUUUUUCCACUGUGUAGUCUGAUUUUGCCAAACCACCCAAGAAAGAAAUAAAGUAUAUGAUGUGUGGAGUUUGCGUUUCUUGGAGGGGACCUAUUGAGUCACCCAGCCCAAUCUCGCAGUCAUAAAUCCCUACCUCUAAGUUCCUGCCAAAGGGUCUUCAGCCUCUGUGUGCACACUCAUUGAAUGAAUAUCUUGCCUAAAGAAAGGCACGUGAUGGUAUAAAAAUAUGAGGUUUUUAAAAAGUGGUCUCUGCCUUUCCUCUCUCCUUUUGUCCCACUCUCCUUCCCUCUCUCUUUUUUACUUUCUGUCUCGCUCUUUCUCUUCCUCCUCCCCAUGCCCUAAAUUCAAUUUUUUCUCAAUUGUUACAAGCAUAAUUUUUGAAUGUGGACCUUGGGGAAGGGAGAAAUUCAUUCUGAAAAUAGAGAAUGGAAGAAUUAUCUAAGGAUAACAUUGAUAAUUCUGAGUUGAUGGGGCCAACAGGGCUUUGCUCCACUGUAGAGGCAAAAGCCAGUGGUAUUUGUUGGGAGUGUCGAGGGCUUUAGCAUCUCAAGGCAGAUAUAUGAAAUAUUCAUUGCUAAACCUUAUUAUUAUCUACUAGGCCAAAUCUGUUGAAAGUCAGAGGCAGUCUAGGAUUUGGUGAGUGAAAUGCCAUCUGGCAAAAAGGGGAUGAGGGAGUGGCCUGAGAUGGUUUUAUCAGGACGGGAAUCUGCAGCCUCAUUAUUAUAUUGAGUGUACCUCAAAGUAUAUGGUAAUUCAAGAGUGUUCCUUUUCCCUCCUCCAUUUUACUUUAUUCCUUCUUCUUCCUCCUUUCUUUCCUAUUGUCCUGUCUUUUUACUACUCAUCUUUUAGUAUUUACUUUGUUAUUAUAUAUUUGGUCCUUUGGGACUAUGUGAUGAUUAAGAAUUAAUUUCAUUCUAGAUAACAAAUGAUGUGUUUAAUAUUUUGUUCAUUUAAACUGUCUUUUGAAGCUAUGCUGCUAACCAGGUACAGGCUAGAAAAGAGUUGGGCCUGAUAGACAGCACCCAGUCAUAUCACUUAAGGAUAACAUUGAUGUCAUCAUGGCGACUCUUCUUCAUUUGACCAAGGCCAGCAUCCUGCUUUUACCUCUGUCCAUUCAUUUCUGGCUAUAGGAAAAAUACUCCCCUUUGGGUGAGCCAAUGAGGCCAGGAGGGAUCAGAGGAUUCUAGACCAUGGACCACUAUAUGAAUAUCUCUGUAAUAAGCUCAUUUGUAGCAUCGGCUCCAACUGCAGUGGCCAAAGAAAACCUGUCUGACUCAAUGUUUUAGUUCCUGAGUGGUAAAAGUUCAGCUGAAGUUAAUGUGUAGACAUCAACUAGGCAUCUAGAAACUAGCAUCAACCAAAGCUAAUUUAGCCUGAGUUUCCACAGGAAGCUUGGUGCUGAGCUGUUCAGAUCAAUUAUUUAUCUGAGUGUUACCAACCCUUUAGUCACACCUUCUUAGCUUUAUUCUAACGUUUAGAGAUGUUGGUUCCCAUUCAUAGGCACAGCCUAUACCAAAGCUAUGGGUCACUGCUCACUUCAUUCUGCUCCUUGGUCAUGCAUAGCAACAGUCUAAAAAGGAAGACAUGGGCUGGGAAGUUAGGAGACCUGGUUUCUGUUCCCUAUGCUUCUACUAACUAGCCUCGAGAUCUUAACCACUCUGUGCCUCAUUGUUCCCAUCUGCAAAAUGGGGAUAGUGUUAAUUGCCCUACCUACCUCACAGGGUUGUUGUGAGGAUAAAUCGAGACAAUGAAUGGAAAGUACUUUGACAAGUAAGUGCUAUGCAAAUUGUAAGAAAUGGAAAAAAUCGUGUUAAAGGCAAUGGAAUGGACAUCGGCAGAAGGGUUAAUGGGAUUGUCCAGCCCUUUCUCUGUGUGGCUUAAACCCAGGUCGCCAUUGCUUUAUACAUUUUCACUUAGCACAUAUUUGUAAUUAUGCAUGUAAUAAAGCACAGCCUUAUUCAA